AGGGAAACGCUUCGCUCUCCGCGCCGGAGCCGGCGCCCGCCGCGGUGUGGAUGCGUAUGGAGGAGUCCUCGUGAAAGCAGCUCCCGACGUUUCCCCCCCACCCACAAAAAAACCCACCAAAAAAACCCCCAAACCCAAACAAACCACCCACUUGGACAAUUAAAACGGUUUUUGGCAGUAUCCAGUGUUGCUAAGGGUGAUUUAAUUCCUACUUCCAGUCCAGUUCCCAGACACAGCUUUUCCAAGGUGCUUCUAAACACAGGAGAUGGUAACAGCUACGGGUAAAGAUCACCUUUAAAAGGGAACAUGGAUUUAAUAAACUCAACUGAUCAAAACAGUACAUCAGAACCGUUCAAAUGGGUGACAUCCAAGAUUCUCAUUUCCAUUACCCUGUCUGUGCUUGCUCUGAUGACAACGGCCAUCAAUUCUCUCGUGAUGACUGCAAUAAUUGUGACAAGGAAGCUCCACCACCCGGCCAACUAUCUGAUCUGCUCUCUUGCAGUGACAGAUUUCCUUGUGGCAGUCCUGGUGAUGCCCUUCAGCAUUGUCUACAUUGUAAAGGAGACCUGGAUCAUGGGGCAGGUGGUGUGUGACAUUUGGCUGAGCGUGGACAUCACGUGCUGCACGUGUUCCAUCCUGCAUCUCUCUGCCAUUGCUCUGGACCGGUACAGAGCGAUCACGGAUGCUGUGGAAUACGCACGGAAAAGGACACCUAAGCACGCUGCCAUCAUGAUAGCAGUGGUGUGGAUCAUAUCCAUUUUUAUCUCCAUGCCGCCCUUGUUUUGGCGGCACCAGACGGCCAGCAGGGACGACGAGUGCAUCAUCAAGCACGACCACAUAGUCUCCACCAUUUACUCCACGUUUGGCGCCUUCUAUAUCCCUCUGGCCUUGAUUCUGAUCCUCUAUUACAAGAUAUACAAGGCGGCAAAGACAUUUCACAGGAGGAGCGUCAGCCGGAUCGUGAGGGAGGAGGGGGUGAAUGGACAAGUCCUUUUGGACGCGGGUGAAAGAAGCACCAAAUCAGCUUCAAUGCCCAGCACGGCAGAGAAGACAUCAGAUCCCCUGGUGAACUCUGAUAAAAUCAACGUCACCCUGCGAAGCCCCAGGUCCGAAUCUAAGCAUGAGAAGUCCUGGAAAAAACAGAGAAUCUCUAGCACAAGGGAGCGAAAGGCAGCAACUACACUGGGUCUGAUCCUGGGGGCGUUUGUGAUCUGCUGGCUCCCUUUUUUUGUAAAAGAAGUAGUUGUUAAUACCUGUGGAAGAUGUCACAUCUCAGAAGACAUGUCUAAUUUCCUAGCAUGGCUGGGAUAUAUAAAUUCCCUUAUUAACCCUUUAAUCUACACAAUCUUUAAUGAAGAUUUCAAGAAAGCCUUCCAGAAGCUUGUGCGGUGUAGGCAAUACUUUUAAGAGCUUUUGUUCAUAUAAGGAGAACAUACUCAUUGUUUUUUAACCUGUAUAAAUUUAUAUAACUGAGAUGACGGUUGUUGUAUUUAAGGAAAAGCACCAAGACUCUGCAUUUACAUUAUGACUUCUUUUGUAUAAGUAGUAUUGGGAGCAUAAAUUGCCCAAGUUUUAAAAGAGAUGGAUCAUCUGGGAUCAGUUUUGCUCUAGAAAAGAGGUAGCAUAUUGUGGCUCUGAUCCAGUUGGGAUUUGCACAGCUGCCUAACUUGAAGCAUAAGGUAUUACCUUAAAUAUGAAGGAAAUACACACUUGAAGUAGACAAAUUUUUUUAAAAAGUAACCCUCAAGCAUCAAUGAAAUUUUAGGUAAAAAUAACACACAGCUUUUAAACCCUGCUAAUAUAGGAUAGAAAAUACACCAUGGAAUCACAACAUGAUUUUAUCAGUAUGUCACAGGCCUGCAGCAUAGAGCCAAGCCAUUCCCAGCAAAGGGUAGUAGCUUUAAAUAUAUCUAGCAUCAUCCUCUGUUGAUUAGCUGAGUGCAGCUGCAGCCCUGCCUUCUCCCAUAGAUGAAGGUCUUCCCCGUGUUAUGCCCCCACAGCACCCCAGCAGCAGGCAGUGUGCUUCCAUGGGUUGCCAGGUUCACAGCAAGCCAGUGUUGUGAGCCCUCUGCCACUCCACACCCCCAGCAGACACGGGCAGAGCCCCAGGGGAAACAGCCAAAUACCUGGGGCACCUCCAGUAAGCUGGGUACACAUCGUGCCCAGUGCUCUGAGACGCCACUUCCAUGGGAACUGGGGAGAUAAAAAGCUCAUAAAGAGCAGGUGGUCCUCCUUAUGGAGACAUUAGAAGGGAGGGAAGCAUGAGACACUUCUUUCUUCGUGUCCUCAUCCCUACCUCGCACACCCGGCCAAGCGCAGAACCUGCGACUUGCAGCACCAAACCCAAACACACCAGUCGUUCCAGGGCCCUCAGAGAGCUGCUGCUGCUGCUCAAGGGUGGCUUCUCCACCUAAUGGAGAACUGGGGCUGACAGCUCUGGCACAGCAAGUUCAGCCUUCCAUCCUCAGAAGCUGAGUGUGCCCCAAGUCUUUCCUUGACUGCCUCAAGCACCAGGGCUGUGCACCCUCUUCCCAAGCACGUGAGAAAGCACCAAGGCUCUCUGGAAAAGGCUGUGCAUCAACUUCUGCAGCCAGGGCAGAUGGAGUGGCCUCAGUAUGCAGGGCAUACCUGGGCAGAGGAUCCUGUGGGACACACACUGGCAGGCAGCUCUAAACCCCUCUUUCCCCCAGAGCAUCUAGUCCAUAUCCCCAGUCCCAGAAUAGGUAAAAGGGUCUUGUAGGCACAGCCCUGGCCAGCUUGUCCAGUCAAAGGCAACAUCAAUGAAUACAUCCCUUCUAAGGCCUCAAAGAUGGCACCUUGGCCAAUUCUGCUUGGCAUGCUCUAGAUGCCAAGCCACAGUGCAGGUUUGCUGACAGCUAAGGGUACUAACAGAGCAGGGGGCAUUUGCCCCUGCGUGCAGUUGAGUCACUAAGAGCCACACCAGAAGCCAGGGACAGGUUUUGCACUUUUCAGGACAAGCACAUUCAGGCUCUGUCACUGAGAGCUCGGCUUCGAAUUCAUUGCCAGACAUUCAGUGCUGCCUCACAGGAACAGGGACUUGAGGCUCCUUACAUGAACUGCAAACCUGGCUGUCAGCAGCAGCAAUGUCCUACUACAAUUUGGCACCUAGGCCAGCAGCUUAGGAACAUCACAAAGAAACUGAGA